AUGCCUGGUUUGGGCGCAAUGGGAGAGACUAAUUUGUCUUCUUCCCAAAUCCAAUUGGGGUGGUCUGCCCCAUCUUCCCAAACUCAUACUCCUGCCCCUGCGGCUGUGCCGCCACAUGUAUAUUCUCCCAUGUCAUUUGAUCAAAUGUCAGAUUGUGAACUCCUUGAUAUGGUUGCCCAAAAUAUGAUUGUUUUAAAAAAAGAAUUCUCGCAAUUACAAGGCGCCUACAAAGCGCAACAUGAUCAAUUAGCAUUGCUAAGGGCUGAACUUGAGGAACAUUGCAAUCAGUUGCGUAACCAACAUGUGUUUUAUUCUAAUCAAAUUCAAGGAGCUGCUGCCUCCAUCCAGGUGGUGCAAGAUCAAUUGCUCCACAUGUCUACCACUUGUCCCAUGGCCCCACCUCCACCUCCUCCACCUGCUGGUACAAGCACAGCCACCACUGCCCACACUUCCUCACCUGUUUCUACGUCUUCAGAUUUAAAAUUUGCCAAGCCCAAUAAGUUCAAUGGCAAGAAAGAGGACGCCCUUAACUUCAUUAUUGCCUGCCAAGCCUAUAUAAGGGCAAAAGGGGCCAAUCAAUCCCACAAAGAAAAAAUCUUGUGGGUAACGUCAUAUUUUGAAGGUGCUGCGGAAGAUUGGGUACGCCCAUACAAGGAAAGGAAGGUGUUCAGGGGAGAGGCGGUUCCCUUAUUGGAAGAUAUUGAUACAUUUUGGGCCAAGUUCACAAAGCAUUACGUAGAUACAAAUUGUGAUGAGAAGUACCGCCAAAAAUGGAAUAAUUUACGACAGAAAGCAUCAGUACAAGAAUAUACUUGCAAAUUCCAGCAGUACUCAGUGUCCUUAGGGUACAGCAAUGAGACGUUACGCAAUAAGUACUAUGAUGGCCUCCAAAACAAUAUCAAGGACAUCAUGCUUUCCACUAUGUUCCAAUGGCGUCAUGCUACGGCUCAACAAGUGUAUGACAAGGCAGAAGAAAUUGCCAACCACAUUGAGUCAACUUGUCUUUCCAACCCAUCUGUCUCCGCUGCUUGUACGUCUUCCAACACUGUCUCCACCCCUACUUCCAACCCCACUCCUACUUGUACUUGUUUCAAUGUUGGGGACAAUGUCUAUAUGAUUGAUCCAACCACUUGCCGCGCCAAGAAAGGCGCUAUUACUUCAAUUGUUUGCACUACCUCUGGCAACAUGCCAAAUGUCAGGUGGAAUGGAGAAUCCAAGGACACAAUGAUCCCAUUCCCCUCCCUUAAGAAAGAUGAACGCCCCGCUGCGGCUGCACCUGUUAAAACCAUCAUUGCACCUACUCCUAUUCUAGCCUUGAACUCUAAAGGUCCAGGUCCCAUGGAUCUUGAUGGAAGAGGAUUUUCAAAUCUCACAUGCCAUGUAUGCGGUGGAAAAGGUCAUUUUGCACGCAGCUGCCCCUCUAAGCCCAUGUCUGGACAUGUGGCUAAUGUUGAAUGGUCUUGGGAAAGGCCCAAAGAAGAAAAUUGA